AAUGAGCUGAACACGCACACACACACAGCGGAGGUGAUCUCCGUCUCAGUUACUAAGAGAACUCUGAGGAGAGCAUGUGCGGCUACUGAUCUCUCAGUGAAGUGACAGACGCAGCAUGUACACACACACUCUUCUUCUCCUCCUCCUCCUCCCCCUUCUGAAGCCAGGAGUGUGUGAGUCCUGUUCCCUGGUGGUCAGUCCUGCUGGGUUGGUGGUGAAGUAUGGAGCCCCAGCUUCGGCCAACUGCACCUCAGAUACGGUCACCUCUAUGGGCUGGGAGGCGAGCCAGGGAAAAGGCUUUAGCAUGGGGGUGAAAGAGCGGACUUGGAGAGUAGACAGCCUGACUGACUGGAAAAUAAAGCCUCAAUGCUAUGAGAUCUCUGAGGUGGGAGGCCAGUGUGCCAGAGUGCUGGACGUUACUGUGUACAAGCUUCCAGAUAGAGUGUACAUCAGAUAUUUAAGCCACUCUGAUCCGAUGGUUGAGGGGCAUCACUACUCUCUGCAUUGUGUUGUCCAGAACAUCGCUCCUAUUAAGCACCUCACUGUGACCUUCUACAAAGUCUCUACCAGUGGCGAACAGACGGUGUUAUACACACAACAACUAAACAAUGACAUUAGGGAACCAGUGAAUGAGAGCUUUUCCCUGCAGUUCUCCCCCACUAGUGUUGAUGAUGGGGCCCAGUUGUGUUGUUCAGCCAUGUUGGAUCUGGGACCAGAGGGACCCCAACCUCCUCCUGUAAUGGAAUCAGAAUGCCUGAACGCCACUGUGCACUUCGCUCCUGAGUUCUCCUGUUCUGCCAAGCAGCAGGUGGGAGAGGGGGAGGGGCUAACUUGUGAUGUCAGAGGCAAUCCCCUCCCAUCGGUCACCUGGCUGAGAGACGGACAGGUGCUGACCCCACCCACACACCUGAGAAGAGAGGAUGCUGGGAAUUACACCCUCAUUGCUUUGAACCGUAUCGGAAAAGCCAAUCACACAGUGGAGGUGGAGGUCCUACCUGGUCCUGCUGCUAGAGGAGCUUCCUGUCAGGCUGCUGGGAGUGCCACGGUGGCUGUGCUGCUCCACCAGCUCAUUCGUUGGCUAUAUUGAUUGAUUAUUUUAUUGAUUUAUUGAUUGAUGGAACGGUUGAGUUACUAAUUGACCAAUCAGGACACCGAUCUCUGUGCUGGAGCUUUUGUGAUUUGACAGUGAUCUGUGAAGGCAGUCUUCAAUAGAUCUAGAAUCAGAUCUGAGUUAGUAGAAAAACCUUUUUGCCUAAACGUGAAAUGAGCUGUUGAAAUGUGUUGUUUUGAAGCAGUGCUAUUGAACGUGUAUAAUCAGAGUGUUGGUACACAGAGGGAGACGCCCUCUUCAGUCUCCAGCAACAGAUACGCCAUUAUCCUCAUUGCACAGUGUAUUCAAUGUCUUUUUUUACUAAUACAUUUCAUUAGUUUAUUCAUAAUAAACUCAAAAACUACACUACCGGUCAAAAGUUUUAGAACACCUAUUCAUUCAAGGGUUAUUCUUAAUUUUUUACUAUUUUC